AUGUUUUUCACCGGAGAUGUGAGGCCCACCACAUCGCGGCAUCUCACAACGUCUGUGAGCACUGAGCCCCAGACCACAAUUUCGUUCCCCUGCGUCUUGAUGCCGCGGAAGCAACGCAAAUACGUCCGGGUCAACCUACGUCCGAAUCGCGCGCGCUCGACCCUCACCCGACCUCACCUCAAUACUCCGUACAUACACGGUACGGAUACACCUCAUCUCAUCCGCCCUGAGCCUCCAGGUGCAACACAUCAUGCCUCGCCAAGGGGAGGCACAGAACCUUACUGGGAGAAACUUGGUGCUUUCACACCACCUCUCUGGGCUGAGUUCCACACAAGACCAACCGAAGCCAUCGUCCAGCCAGAUGCUGCAUCGAGCUGCCAGGCGAACCCCACCUUCUCGACCUCUGCAACAUUCGCAAUAGAGCAAUGGGAGCCAUUCACAGGCCUGCCCGUCCAUGUGUGA